AUGUACAAGGCCGUCAUUCUGCCGACGCUACUGUAUGGAGCGGAGACCUGGACGGUGUACAAGAAACAGGCACGCCGCCUCAACCAAUUCCACCUCAGCUGUCUGCGCCUCAUGCUGAAGCUGAGGUGGCAGGAUGGAAUCACCGACAUUGAUGUGCUGGAGCGGACGGGAAUUCUCAGUGUCUACGCCAUGCUGAGACAACUGCAAUUGCGCCGGAGCGGCCAUCACGCGCGGAUGGACGACGAGCGGGUACCUAAACGACUCUUCUAUGGAGAUGUCGCCACGUGUUCACGCCGCCAAGGAGGUCAAAUCCGCCGAUACAAGGAUACUCUGAAGCCCUCCCUGAAGCGUUUGAAAAUCAAUCCGACCAAAUGGAAAGAUCUCGCUCGAGACCGACCGACAUGA